UGCGGGGUCGCCGGGGCCUCGUGGCGGGGCGGCUCCGCGGGGCUUCGCCCGCUCCCUCACCUCCCCGGGCACUCAUGCGGAGCCCUGCGGGGCCCGUCCUGCCGCCGGAGACCCGGAGAAAGGUGAAGAACUGAAUGUCAUCAUGUCUGGAAUCAAGCGAACAAUCAAAGAAACUGACCCUGAUUACGAGGAUGUAUCUGUGGCCCUUCCAAAUAAACGGCAUAAAGCAAUUGAGAAUUCAGCUCGAGAUGCUGCUGUGCAGAAGAUUGAGACUAUUAUCAAGGAACAGUUUGCUCUUGAAAUGAAGAAUAAAGAACAUGAAAUUGAAGUUAUUGACCAGCGACUGAUUGAAGCAAGAAGGAUGAUGGAUAAACUUCGUGCCUGCAUUGUAGCAAACUACUAUGCUUCUGCGGGUCUUCUAAAAGUUUCUGAGGGAUCAAAGACAUGUGAUACAAUGGUUUUUAAUCAUCCUGCUAUCAAGAAGUUUUUGGAAUCACCGUCUAGGUCAUCAUCUCCUGCCAAUCAAAGAUCAGAAACACCAUCAGCCAAUCAUUCAGAAAGUGACUCUUUAUCUCAACACAAUGACUUCUUAUCUGACAAAGAUAAUAGCAGUAAUAUGGACAUAGAGGAAAGACUCUCAAACAACAUGGAACAGAGACCAAGCCGAAAUACUGGAAGGAACACUUCUAGUGUUACUGGCUCCCAUAAAACAGAGCAGCGGAAUGCUGAUCUUGCAGGAGAUGAGACUUCACGUCUUUUUGUAAAGAAAACAAUAGUAGUGGGCAAUGUGUCCAAGUAUAUACCUCCAGAUAAGAGGGAAGAAAAUGACCAGUCAACCCAUAAGUGGAUGGUAUAUGUCCGAGGGUCCCGUAGAGAACCCAGCAUUAAUCAUUUUGUCAAGAAAGUUUGGUUCUUCCUUCAUCCCAGCUAUAAACCAAAUGACCUUGUGGAAGUUAGAGAGCCUCCUUUUCACCUGACCAGAAGAGGCUGGGGUGAAUUUCCUGUCAGAGUUCAAGUUCACUUUAAGGACAGCCAGAACAAGCGGAUAGAUAUCAUACAUAAUCUGAAGCUGGAUAGAACUUACACUGGCUUACAGACUCUUGGAGCAGAGACGGUAGUGGAUGUUGAACUCCAUCGGCAUUCCCUUGGAGAAGACUACAUUUAUCCUCAGUCCUCCGAGUCAGACAUCUCUGAUGCCCCUCCAUCUUUGCCUUUGACCAUUCCAGCCCCAGUGAAAGCUUCUUCACCAAUAAAGCAGUCACAUGAGCCAGCUCCUGAUACCUCUGUGGAGAAAGGAUUCCCAGCUAGCUCUGAAGCUGAGAAACACACUGCAUUUUAUUCUUUGCCAUCUUCAUUGGAAAGAACGCCCACCAAAAUGACAACAUCCCAGAAAGUUACCUUUUGUUCUCAUGGCAAUUCAGCUUUCCAGCCAAUAGCAUCAAGCUGCAAAAUUGUACCACAAAGUCAGGUUCCUAAUCCUGAGUCACCUGGAAAAUCCUUCCAGCCCAUAACUAUGAGCUGCAAGAUUGUCUCAGGUUCCCCAAUAUCAACACCAAGUCCAUCACCAUUGCCUCGAACCCCAACUUCCACUCCAGUCCAUGUGAAGCAAGGCACUGCCAGCUCUGUUAUUAGUAAUCCGUAUGUUAUCAUGGACAAGCCUGGGCAGGUUGUUGGAGCCACCACUCCAAGUACAGGAAGUCCUACAAACAAGCUGUCUACGGCUUCUCAGGUCUCCCAAGGAACAGGUUCCCCUGUUCCUAAAAUUCAUGGAAGUAGUUUUGUAACGUCUACUGUCAAGCAGGAGGAUUCUUUGUUUGCGUCUAUGCCACCUCUUUGCCCAAUUGGGAGUCACCCAAAGGUUCAAAGCCCCAAACCUAUAACUGGAGGACUUGGAGCUUUCACAAAAGUGAUCAUCAAACAGGAACCUGGUGAAUCCCCUCACAUGCCCACAACAGGAGCGGCCACCCAGUCACCACUCCCUCAGUAUGUGACUGUGAAAGGGGGUCACAUGAUAGCUGUGUCCCCUCAAAAACAGGUCAUAACUGCUGGAGAAGGGACUGCUCAGUCACCAAAGAUUCAGCCCUCCAAGGUUGUUGGGGUGCCAGUUGGGUCUACUUUACCAUCAGCAAUGAAACAGGCUGUAGCAAUCAGUGGUGGCCAAAUCCUUGUAGCCAAGGCCAGCUCUUCUGUUGCCAAAGCAGUUGGUCCAAAACAAGUUGUGACCCAAGGAGUUGCCAAAGCAAUUGUGAGUGGAGGUGGAGGAACCAUUGUUGCUCAGCCAGUGCAGGCCUUAACCAAGGCUCAGGUCACUGCUGCCGGCCCUCAGAAGAGUGGAUCCCAGGGUUCAGAUUUCAAACCUCAUCUUCAGACUCUAGGAAGCUCCCCUCACUCUUGUCGCAGAGUAGGUAGAUUACAGAAGAGGAGGAGGAGAAGAGGAAAGGAGAAGGCAUGGUGCUGCAAGGGAAGCUUCUCUCCAGGCUCAUUUGUUUUGUUGUUGUUGUUAAACCUGUGCUUGAUACUUGUGAUGUUGCUGUCAUUCAUUGUAUUUUCAGACCUCCAGUCCAGCUCAGCUGCUGGCAGUGGCAGUGGUGGUGGUGCAGGAGGAGGAGGCGGUGGAGGCUGCAGUGGCAGUGGUGGUGGAGGCAGCGGAGGAGGCGGCGGCAGUGGAACAGGAGGAUCUCAAAGCACCCCUGGCCCUGGAGGGAUAUCCCAGCACCUGACUUACACAUCUUACAUCCUCAAGCAAACUCCCCAGGGCACAUUUUUAGUUGGCCAGCCGUCACCCCAGACAUCUGGGAAACAGCUGACUACGGGGUCGGUGGUCCAAGGAACGCUGGGAGUCAGCACAUCUUCUGCACAAGGACAACAAACAUUAAAAGUUAUCUCUGGACAGAAAACCACUUUGUUUACACAGGCAGCCCCCGGAGGACAGGCAUCUCUAAUGAAAAUAUCCGAUAGCACCUUGAAGUCUGUGCCAGCCACCUCACAACUCUCCAAACCUGGAACUACAAUGCUGAGAGUAGCAGGAGGGGUCAUCACAACUGCCACUACCCCAGCUGUGGCCCUCUCAGCAAAUGGUCCUGCACAACAGUCUGAAGGAACAUCUCCUGGUUCAUCAUCAGCUGUCAGUUCUGUAAUGAAAACUUCUGGGCAGCAGCAAGUGUGUGUGAGCCAAGCCACCAUGGGAACCUGCAAGGCUGCCACCCCUGCUGUUGUCAGUGCCACGUCCUUGGUGUCCACACCGAACCCCGUCUCUGGGAAAGCCACAGUGUCAGGGUUGUUAAAGAUUCACUCCAGUCAGUCCAAUCCCCAGCAGGCUGUCCUGACGAUUCCCAGCCAGCUCAAACCACUCAGUGUAAACACAUCAGGAGGUAUGCAGACCAUACUGAUGCCUGUGAAUAAAGUGGUUCAGUCAUUUUCUGCCAACAAAUCACCUACCAUUCUGCCUAUAGCUGCCCCAACUCCAGUUGUCCCCAGCUCUGCUCCAGCAACUGUUGCAAAAGUGAAGACUGAACCAGAAACAGCCGGGCCAAGCUGCCUCUCUCAGGAGGGUCAGACAGCGGUGAAAACAGAAGAAAGUUCUGAACUGGGGAACUAUGUCAUUAAGAUAGACCAUUUAGAGACAAUCCAGCAACUCUUAACAGCAGUAGUAAAGAGGAUUCCAUUAAUCACUGCAAAAAGUGAAGAUGCCAGUUGUUUUUCUGCGAAGUCUGUGGAGCAGUAUUAUGGCUGGAACAUUGGAAAAAGGAGAGCCGCUGAGUGGCAAAGAGCAAUGACGAUGCGCAAGGUCUUACAAGAAAUACUGGAGAAGAAUCCAAGAUUUCACCACCUGACUCCCCUCAAAACCAAGCACAUUGCUCACUGGUGUCGCUGCCAUGGCUACACCCCACCAGAUCCCGAGAGCCUGAGAAAUGAUGGGGACUCCAUUGAGGAUGUGCUGACCCAGAUCGACAGUGAGCCAGAGUGCUUGUCGUCAUUCUCCUCGGCUGACAACCUCUGCCGAAAACUGGAGGAGCUGCAGCAGUUUCAGAAGAGAGAGCCAGAGAAUGAGGAGGAGGUGGACGUCCUCAACCUCUCAGAGCCAUUAAAGAUAAACAUCAAAAAAGAGCAGGAGGAGAAACAAGAAGAACUGAAAGUCUACCUGCCACCAACACCAGGGUCUGCAUUUAUUGGUGACGUCACACAGAAGAUUGGGAUCUCCCUGCAGCCUGUGGUGCUGCAUAGGAACGUGUACGCAUCGGUGGUAGAGGACAUGAUCCUAAAGGCUACAGAACAGCUCGUGAGUGAUAUCAUGAGACAGGCUUUGGCAAUUGGAUACCAGACAGCAUCUCACAACAGGAUUCCCAAAGAAAUUUCUGUGAGUAAUAUUCAUCAGGCCAUUUGCAACAUUCCCUUCCUGGACUUCCUCACAAACAAGCACAUGGGGGUACUGAACGAGGAUCAGUGAACAGAAUGCAGCUGCCCCUAGAAAAGCGGGAUUUGAAGGCGCAUCCGAAGCAUGGGAACUGCGGUGACUCUCGUGUUUGGGGAAGGAGGUGGUUUUCUGUGGGCCUCAGAGUAUCGUGGCUGCUGAACCAUUGCCUCUGCCUAAUCCAGUGUAAUGCCAGAGUGUUCAGUUCCAGAUGAAAUCCUUUCAGGACAGAAGUCUGUUUCUGGAGUGAAGCUGAGGGUGGACGCAUGCUUUGUCAGCUGCCAUUUCUCCACUCUGUAUAAAGCCUCCAUGAAGGGGUCUCAGAGCUGGGCCAGGGGCCUUCUCUCUUCUGGGUGUACUCGCAGGGCACUUUGGGCCUGAUUCCCCAGGAAAUGGAAAAUGAGUCUGGCAGGCUAGCAAUCCCACCUGCCCCGUGGGCUGGGGUUCCAGGCAGCUCCAGCAGCCACCCUGACGAGGGAUUGGGCGGCAGCACUCAGCGAGUGGUUCUCCGCUCCUGCCUGGCCUCUGUGCUCUUAGCCCAGGGGUCCAGCUGCAGGCAGAGGUAAUGCAUGUGAAACCACAAAGGCCUGCGAGGCUGCAGACGGAGCAGGAUUCUCUCUUCACGGAGCACAGGAGCAUUACUACAACCAGUGUCAGCAAUGUCCAGGGAUGGACAGAUCUCAGCAUAGGAGGAGGUUUCACUGUGGCCCAGGAAACUUAAUAUGUUAGUAAGAGACAACAUCCACAAACCCCAGGCACUUGGCAGAGUCGUACCAGCUGUACACCCGUGUGCCGAGCAGGUAGCUGCUGCACACCAUCUGCAUGGUCUGCAGGAGCUUCUGCUGCUGAAUCCAUGGUGGUGGCCAGUCGGGCGCAGCCCCCUGGACAGGCUCUGCUGGGAUUGUUGGUCCUACCCAUGGAUUUAAUAUCCUGCUCUUCUCUGUUGAGCUUUUCCCCUCAAGAAGAAAAGUCUUUAAAAGAAACACCUGUGAGUGCCUUCAAGUUGGAAAAAUAACUGCCCAACCCAGAGACAGGGAAGCCAGUGCUCAGAAGCAGUGAGAAUAGAUUGUGCCCAUAACAAAGCCCCUCAGUGGGAGGGAGGAGCAGGCAGAAGGAGGGAGGCUGGCAGGGCCACCGCAUGAUGUCCAGUUCCACUGAGUACUCUACCCAGUCUUCCUACCUGGUCGGUGUGGAAGGCCAAGGAAAGACUUAUUCUCAGUUUGAAACCUGCUUUUACUCUGCUCAAAGAAAAUUUGAAAACUGAGUCAAACUUAUCCAAGCAACAUAAUUCAUGUUUUUAUGGGUCUCAUAAAUGCAUGAGUCAGGAAAAUAAGGCAGGGCAGGGAGGUGACUGGAUAAAAUCUGUCGUUUUAAUUCAGCAUUUGAGGGUUGCAAAUGCAGAAGGAAUCUGUUCUGUCCGGCAUAGCAUAUGCUCUGGCUUAAUGAAAUAGUUUCGUACACAAGGCUCAGAUACUCUGUAUAUGAACUACGUAUAAGCAAGGUUGAUAAGCAAGUGUAUAGACUCGUUCAGCAAGUGGACUAUGAGUGAGAUCUACAGACGAAUGAUUUGAUCCAAAUGAAAACAGAUUCAUUAAUUACAGGUAGGAAAGCCUAACAAAAUGAUCUUUGCAAAAGAAAUAUUAAAUGAUUUAACAGUCUGUGUGUGUGUUAAUGUUUCAAAUGUAUUUGUAUCAUAAUAUGUAACAUAAUUGUAACAGAAAUGCCACAAUAAAUCUUUUAGUAUUUGUGA